UCUACAGUGCUGCAUGCUGACAUACGACUGGCGAUAAAGAUCUUCGCCCGGUUUGGAUGACGUUCGCUGAGCUCCCAUCAUCAUGCCCAGAGUAUCUUGAUGGGUGCAUCCUGCCCGGAAACCCCACAUAUGAUAUGCGCGCAUUGACGAUCGUGUCAAUAGUUAUCCCGUUUUCUCCUCUGAUCGUCGAGUCGUCCAUUGUGAUGCUCAACUCCUACAGCUGCAUGCAGUUUGAUUGGCGUGCAUAUAACAGACGCCUGCCUGCUGCUAGCCUGGAGGGUGCAUAUGGGUAUUGUAGAUCGUCAGAUUCGGACUUUGACAUGAACGUAGUUGCGAUCAAUGACCCGUGGGUUGGACUGAGCUCAGUGAGUCUUCCAGCCCCGUUGCGCACCAUACACCAGAUUCUCGCUGCCAUCCCGCAACUGUAAGUCCGCACGCGGAAUGGAACUCGUCAGCGUUUGACCUGCUUUUGUAUCAUUCGGUCACUUUCAAAUACGCUUUCAAAUAGCCUGCUUUGCCGGCCUUGUCGAUCUCGGCGCAUGGUCAGUGAUGCAGCCGAUGGAACAAUGGUGGUUUGAGAACAAGGAGAUGAACUCGCUACGUACGUCAGCGGCGGUCACCGCCCCUGGCUCACCUUUUGUUUUCGCCAUUGUUCUCGGGUUUCUAUUGUUCCAGAAAGGAUCGCUUUCUUUCUCUUUCCUUGUAUCUAUGCUUAGACAGAUCAGCAAACUCAAGGGUCCAGCUAGACUCAUCCCACGAACACGCAUACAGCAGACAGCACUCCGCAUCCCCAGCAUCGCUACCCAGCCCUCCUUCCGCCUUUCCAAUCAACCAGUCACCAUCAGGGCAUACGCUACACCUGCUAGACAACCGAUUAGACUCCCAGAAACCCCUAUCAUGGCUUCCCCCUUCCCUCCCUGCCCUCCUAUCCCCAAGGCCAGCGGCCCUGUCAGCCUCAUCGUCCCUCCCACAGAAAACCGCGCCCACAAAUACUUGACGCUGGAAAAUGGACUUGAAGUCAUUGUUGUCAGCGAUCCCAAAGCCGACAAGGCUGCGGCUAGUAUGGAUGUCGGGGUUGGCCAUUUGAGCGACCCCGAGGACCUGCCAGGUUGUGCGCACUUUUGCGAACAUCUUCUUUUCAUGGGCACCAAGACCCACCCCCAAGAAAACGCCUACUCUCAAUACCUUUCCUCCAACAACGGUAGCUCCAACGCUUGGACCGCCAUGACCUCUACCAACUACUUCUUCGAUGUCAGCCCCGAUGCUCUGGAAGGCGCCCUUGAACGAUUCGCCGGUUUCUUCGUGGAACCUCUUUUCAACGAAGACUGUACCGAGAGAGAAAUCAAGGCGGUCGACUCUGAGCACAAGAAGAACUUGCAGAACGAUGUUUGGCGGUUCUACCAGCUCGAGAAGUCGCUUGCUAAGCCUGGCCACCCUUACGGCAAGUUCGGUACCGGCAACUACGAGUCACUGUGGUCAAUUCCCAAGGAGGCCGGCAGAGAUCCCCGGCGUCAAUUGAUCGAGUGGUGGGAGAAAGAGUACUGUGCCAGGAGAAUGAAGUUGGUGGUGGCGGGCAAGGAGGACGUCGAGACGCUGGCCAAGUGGGUGAAGGAGAAGUUUGCGAGUAUCCCCGUUAGAACGGAGGGCAAGCCUGAAGUCGGGCGAGAUGGUCAGCGAGUUGUCUUCGAGGACAGCCCCUUUGGUCCCGAGCAGCUCCAGAAAUUUACCUUUGCCAAGCCUGUGCGAGACAUCCGAGGCUUGGAGAUGGUGUUCCCCUUCCCCGACACUGAGCACUUGUAUGAGUCUAGACCCACACAUUUCCUGGCCCACUUCCUCGGUCAUGAAGGCCGCGGUUCCGUCCUCUCCUACUUGAAGAAGCAAGGAUGGGUCAACACCCUUCGGGCUGGUGACUACCACGACGCUUCCGGUUUCUCUCUUUUCAAGGUUGCCGUCGACCUCACCCCCGAGGGUCUCCAGCACUACGACGAUACCGCCAAGGCUAUCUUCAAAUACAUCUCUCUCCUUCGCUCUCAGCCUCCCUCCCGACUCGCCUUUGACGAGAUCAAGGCUAUCGCCGACAUCUCUUUCCGCUUCGCCGAACAAGGCAAGACAUCGCACUACUGCACCAACCUCUCCUCUUGGCUUCAGUCUCCUGUGCCGAGAGAGAAGAUUGUGAGCAGCAAGUGGCUGGUUGAGGAGUACAAGGAGGACGAGCUGUCUUCAGCUUUGCAGCUCUUGGACCCUAGGCGAGCAAACAUUGUUGUUACUUGCAAGGAAUUGCCCAAGAGUGUUCAAGGUACAUUCGAUCAGAAGGAGGAGAUUUACGGUACAGAGUACAAGAGGGUCAAGUUUAGCGAGGAAUUCCUGAGAGAAACUACCGCUGGUGCUCCCAUCCCCGAGCUCGCUCUCCCUGGUCCCAACCUCUUCAUCCCCAAGAAGUUUGACGUUGAGAAAUUCGAAGUCGCUGAACCCGCCAAGCGACCUGCCAUCCUUCGAGACACUCCCCUUUCCCGACUGUGGUACAAGCGCGACGACCGAUUCUGGCUUCCCAAGGCCAAUCUCGAGAUCAUGCUCCACAGCCCCAUCCUUAACGUCACUCCCCGUAAUGCCGUCCUCUCUCGACUCUUCUGUGACUUGUUCUCGGACGCCAUCACUGAAGACGUGUAUGACGCCGACCUUGCCGAGCUCAGUUUCGGCCUUUGGAACACGAGCCAGUGGAUCUCCAUUUCUGCCGGCGGUUUCAGCGACAAGCUCGCCGUCUUGACCGAGACCAUGCUGGACAAGUUUGUCAACUUCCAGGUCGACCCCAAGAGGUUCGAGGAAAUUCAGGAAGCUACCAGGUUGUACUGGAAGAACUUUGCCUUGAGCGACCCGUACAAGAUCGGUAGGUUCUGGGACUCUUAUGCCACGCAUGAGGUCAUGUGGACGCAGGAGGAGAAGCUGAGAGAGCUGGAGUACAUUACUGUGGCGGAUGUCCAGGCGUUCGGUAAAGAGAUGUUGGCUCGACUGCAUAUCGAGACCCUUGUCCAUGGCAACACUUCGCCAGAAGGUGCCAAGGAGAUUCAAGAUAUGCUCGAGCGAGUGCUCAGCCCGCGACAGCUUACUGCUACCGAGCUGAAGGCUACCAGGUCUCUUGUCCUUCCUGCUUGUGAGUCCCUUGUGUUUGAUUAUGAUGAGUGCUGAUCGGCGUAGCUACGGAACACGUCUGGGAGAUCCCCGUCCCCAACAAGUCGGAAGUCAACGGCGCCGUCAUCUACCAAUGUCACGUCGGCGAUCCCUCCGACGUCACUCUCCGCAACCACCUCUCCCUGUUCUCGCAGAUCGCCUCCGAGCCCUGUUUCGACACUCUUCGAACCAAGCAGCAGCUCGGUUACAUUGUGUCUGGACAUGCCUCGCAGUCGAGCGGUGCCAUGGGUUACUCUGUCCUCGUUCAGAGUGAGAGGGACCCAAUUUUUGUGGAGACGAGGAUCGAGGCGUUCUUGGAUGGCUUGAAGGAGACUUUGGAGGGAAUGAGCGACGAGGAGUUUGAAAAGCACAGGCAGAGUUUGAUUGCAAAGAAGGAGGAGAGGCCCAAGAACCUCAACGAAGAGAGCACGAGAUUCUGGGGUAGGAUCUCUGACAGAUACUACGAGUUUGCCAGGCGCGAGAACGAUGUGGCUGUCCUCAAGAAGGCGACCAAGCAGGACGUACUGAACGUCCUUUUGAACUACAUCCACACCUCAUCCUCCACCCGAGCCAAGCUCUCCAUCCACCUCCGAUCCCAAUACAAGGGCGUCAAAUUCGACAUCGCCGCCGCCGCCCCUCUUGUCGAGGCUUUCACCAAGGCUGGUAUCGCCGUCGACCCCGCCGCGAUCCAGACUCUCCUCACCAACAACCCAACUUUGCAACAAGUCAAGGACUUUGGUGUGGCUGCUAUUGAAGGCGCGGCGAAUGUUGCGGAGGAGGUCAAGGAGCAGCUGAAGAGUGUCGUGGAUGAGCUCAAGGGCAGCGAGGAGGCUACCGAGGAGCAAAAGGAGGAGGUGAAGCUGAGACCCGGAAACGUGUAUAUCGAGAAUAUUGAAGAGUUCAAGGCGAGGCUUGUGCCGAGUAAGGCUGCUGUACCGGUGGAGCCUUUGCGUCAGUUGGUGGCGAAGUUGUAGUAGAUCUUUGGAAUCAUCAAGUAUAGCAUUGUGUGGUGGAAGCAACAUGCAUCACUCUAGUCAAUAGUAUCAUUCCUUGGUUGUGAUCGGGUGGCGACACAUAGCGAUACGUCUCGUCCGCGAACUUGCUAUACGCUUGUACCCGUUACACUAAUCCGACAAAGGUCAGAAGAACGAUUUGUCAAAUGUUAUGCCCAAGAGGUCAGUCUGCCAGUACGGUAGCUGUGUUGACGACUAUGAAUCCACGCGGGUGCGUGGCUUAUACAACAGGGAUGUUGGCAUGCUGGACAAUUGUGAUGCCGCUCAUCAGCGUAGAGAGCGUACAUAGCGUAAAG